CAUGUUACAAAAACAAGUUUUAUUAAGGUUUUAAUGUAAUUUUUUACUUUAUUUUAGAGAUGCCAGGAAGUUCAACGAAAAUGUGCCCAGGGUGCAAUACCCUAAUAAGUGUUGCAUACAAAGCUUGCCCACAUUGCAAACAACUGCAGCCAUACAAAGCAAAAGUUGCAGCAAAGAGAUGCAACUUUCAAAAUAAAAAAAAUGAAUGGAAGGAGUCGGUCAAGAAAAACAACAACAGGACAGUUGUUCUCAAUAGCAGCCAUGUGUUGCUUGACAAACUUGCUGCCCUCGAUUUUUUCCCAAUACUACUUUUGGGUAAGAAAUGCAAAGGAAGUUUGGUGGCCGAUGUCAUCCUAGGAGGGGACUAUAUUUUGGAUCCUGAUUUGCUUCAGAGGGUUAAAGUUAUGUAUGAAGCUGUGCUAAAGAUUCAUUUUCAAAGACAGAAGAAGGCCACAAGUAGCACAGAAACUACUCACCCUCCCAAAGCCACUGCCACUGAGACCAACGUCACUCCAGAAGCCACUGAGACCAACGUCACUCCAGAAGCCACUGAGACCACCGUCAUUCCAGAAGCCACUGAGACCAACGUCACUCCAGAAGCCACUGAGACCAACGUCACUCCAGAAGCCACUGAGACCAACGUCACUCCAGAAGCCACUGAGACCAACGUCACUCCAGAAGCCACUGAGACCAACGUCACUCCAGAAGCCACUGAGACCAACGUCACUCCAGAAGCCACUGAGACCAACGUCAUUCCAGAAGCCACUGAGACCAACGUCAUUCCAGAAGCCACUGAGACCAACGUCAUUCCAGAAGCCACUGAGACCAACGUCACUCCAGAAGCCACUGAGACCAACGUCACUCCAGAAGCCACUGAGACCAACGUCACUCCAGAAGCCACUGAGACCAACGUCAUUCCAGAAGCCACUGAGACCAACGUCAUUCCAGAAGCCACUGAGACCAACGUCAUUCCAGAAGCCACUGAGGCCACCGUCAUUCCAGAAGCCACUGAGACCACCGUCAUUCCAGAAGCCACUGAGACCACCGUCAUUCCAGAAGCCACUGAGACCAACGUCAUUCCAGAAGCCACUGAGACCAACGUCAUUCCAGAAGCCACUGAGACCAACGUCAUUCCAGAAGCCACUGAGACCACCGUCAUUCCAGAAGCCACUGAGACCACCGUCAUUCCAGAAGCCACUGAGACCAACGUCAUUCCAGAAGCCACUGAGACCAACGUCAUUCCAGAAGCCACUGAGACCAACGUCACUCCAGAAGCCACUGAGACCAACGUCACUCCAGAAGCCACUGAGACCAACGUCACUCCAGAAGCCACUGAGACCAACGUCAUUCCAGAAGCCACUGAGACCAACGUCAUUCCAGAAGCCACUGAGACCACCGUCAUUCCAGAAGCCACUGAGACCACCGUCAUUCCAGAAGCCACUGAGACCAACGUCAUUCCAGAAGCCACUGAGACCAACGUCAUUCCAGAAGCCACUGAGACCACCGUCAUUCCAGAAGCCACUGAGACCAACGUCACUCCAGAAGCCACUGAGACCACCGUCAUUCCAGAAGCCACUGAGACCAACGUCAUUCCAGAAGCCACUGAGACCAACGUCACUCCAGAUGCCACUGAGACCACCGUCAUUCCAGAAGCCACUGAGACCACCGUCAUUCCAGAAGCCACUGAGACCACCGUCAUUCCAGAAGCCACUGAGGCCGUCACUCCAGAAGCCACUGAGACCACAGGCUCAUCAAAAGCCACAAGACCCCGGGGCCAGAAGGCAAAAAAAAGACAAAAUCCAGUCCAACAGAGGGUAGCCAGCAAUAUGAAGCCAAAAAAAAAGUAUGAGUGUCCAGAAUGCUGUUGGAGAGUGAGGCAAAACAACUUUGACUACUCCAAGGUUUUGAAAAGAAGAGUGAGAGAGGGAACAGAGGAGGUCCUCAUUUGUUGGGUUCCAUGCAAGACCUGUGGGACCAAAUGGAAAGACUCCUGGGAGCCCUCCUCCCUUCUUGAAUAAUGAAUUACAUUUUUAUUUUUAUUUUGUAUUUUCUUUUAUAAUGAAUAAAAUAACUACAAACAUAAACAAA